AUGGCUCAAGAAGAGAUGGAAGUUGAUCUCCGACCAGUGGCUGCUCACUCUGCAGAGGACCUCAGGACGCUUCCCAUGGAGCCCUCUGCUCACACAGUGCUGUCGUCCCAUGCUCCGGUGCUGGGUGAGGGAGGAGGCAGCCAUGCUAACACCGUUCUCACCCCAGACACUGGUACCACGAGGGAAGUGGCUGCUGAGCCUGACCCGCAGCUGAGCCCUGCCUGGGCUCUCAGCAGGCUGCAAAGGCUACGAGGGGCGUUGGACCUGCAUCGGCCAGUGCCACAGGUCCCACAGCGCCCGCCAGUGAGGAGAGCUCGCAGGCAACAGAGGGUUGGUGGCUCCCAGAGGACAGUCGGUGCCAGGGCAGCGUUGGACAGUUACUUUCAGCUCAGCAGGACCCAAGAGCCAGCUACAGCCAGCUACGCUGUUCUGCACCUGGAGCCCUCGCGUGUCGUGAGGGACCACCAGGAGCACAGCUCAGAUGAAACAAUUGAAGUGAGCGACUCCGACGGCAGCGCUUCCGCUGAGGACGAGGAAGCCGUGGAGGCUGCAGCACCGCUGGUGCCCUCAGCCCAGGAGACACCUCCAGAAGGUAGCUCAGGAGUUUCCAGCCAGGUUCAACUGGAGCCACCUCAAGCUUCUGCUGAAAAUGGAAGUCAUGAAGAUGAAGAGGCUGAAGUCCAGCAACAGCAGAGAACUCCGCUGAAGAAAGUGGAAGCAUCGGUUCCUGUUGCACCGCGGGAUGAGGAGGAAGGGGAUACCUGUGCCAUCUGCUUUGAGCAGUGGACCAAUGCUGGGGACCACCGUCUCUCAGCACUGCGGUGUGGACACCUGUUUGGUUACACGUGCAUUGAAAGGUGGCUCAAGGGACAGGCAGGGAAGUGUCCCCAGUGCAAUAAGAAAGCGAAACGUUCCGAUAUUGUGAUCCUGUACGCUCGCACUCUGAAAGCGCUGGAUACCAGUGAACAGGAACGCAUGAAAAGCUCUUUAGAAAAGGAGCAAAUGCUGCGGAGACAGGCAGAGCUGGAAUCUGCGCAGAGCCGUCUCCAGUUGCAGGUUUUGACGGACGAAUGCAGCAAACUUCGCAGGGAAGUUCAG